AUGCUUCCAUUAAAGCUAGCUCGCUCUCUUCUCCUCCACGAGACUCUCAAUCUCACUCACAAUUCCGGCGAUACAAACGACGGAGACGAUGGCGAUGGAGGAGAAACCAGCAUUCGAGAGAUCCUAAGCUCCUCCUACAAGAAGAAGAAUCAAUCAAAAACCCGAUCGAGAUCCAAUAAUAAUAAUUCGAAAACGGCAUUGCUCUUCUUCGUCCCGACGCGAGAACUGAUCGCCGACACUUACAGAUUAGCGUCGAUCGCGAGGGAUCUAGGCAUGGAUCUGUACCCGACGCCUUCCCUCUCCCACGUCAUCUUCUCGUUCCCGCCCCGCGAUUCCUCGGUAUCGCCGUCGCCUUUCUCCACGUCGUCUCGUCCUUCGACUUGGUCUUCUUCCUCGUCUCUCUCUUGGUCUCUUCCCAACGACGCCGUGAUGCUCUCUUUCCCGUCUCUCUCCGCUUCCUCUCUCUCCCAUCUCCGCUCCUUCGUCUCCCUCUCGAACGGAUUGUUCAAGCUCGUGUUCUCCUCCGCCGCCGACGUAGACACACCUUCCUCCUCCUCCGUUAGCAAUUGGGAUUGCUGCUCAGUUUCUCUCGUCUCUCGAAUCACCAACAAACGGAUCGGAUCGAUGGAGAGUUUCGCCCAGGCGUUGGCUUCGAACGGAUGGACGAUUUACAAGACGAAAGCUAAUGAGUCUACUACGACCAGCCACGGCGGCAAUGCGGGAAGCUCCUCGGCUUAUCUGUUCAGGAAAGUUUACUCGGGUCGGGUUAUGAUGAUGACGACCCGAGAUGGAGGAAAUGGUGGGUCGUGUAGUAGAGUAAGAGAGCUGAGACUUCCUCUAUUGGAUUUCGAGAACGCUCCUCUCCGGAUUCUCCAGUAUCUCAUGUUGAUGACUGACCAUCUCUUCUUCCUUGCAUAGCUUUUAAUUUUUUUUUAUGUUUUGUGUUUUGUUUCUACAGUGUUAAUAUAAUCUCUCGUUUGACAAAGGUUCGAUCUUUAGAGGCAUGUAAAUUUUUAAUAUCAAGGUCUAUUUCUUUCAUCUUCA